AUGAAGGAUGACAUCAUCAAUGGCCAUAUUUUUCGAUACUACAAUGACACCUCAAUCGUGUUCUAUGCACUGUGUGCCCUAAAAAAGAUGGGGCCUAUCGACAUUCACAUCCGUCGUGCCAAAUCUCUUAAGGAUGACCAGACGCUUUCUGGCCGAGCCAUACAGCCAAAUAUCUCGGCUGCAACGCCUGUCGGCGAUCCUGAUCCUUCGCUUUCCCCUGCUGGUCACAAUGACUUCAACAUGGAUUUUGAUCAUGUGGAUGAUGUACCAAUUGACACGCAAACUGAUGGACCGUCCAUGGUACCCGAAAUGGCGCCACAUGAUGCAGAUUCUGAGUAUCCAUUGGCCAAUCUCUGGAACAAGAUCAUCAGCAGCCGAAUGCUCCAGUUCGAUAAUGAAUUUCCGGACCUAUUUGCUGAACUACAGGCAUCUCUUGCUUCAGGACAAAUUUCUUUCUCAACGCCUGUCAUUCCCACCAACAAGGAGCGUGAGCUUGUUGACGACAGUGCACCUGACUUCGGGAUUGAAAUUCCUGAUGACCCGCUUCUUGAACCGGCGAGCACUAACCACACCGUCUCUCCAGAUCAUACAUUGUAUCCCUGGCCAUCAAAAGUGCAUUUUAUUACUUCCCUUCUGUUCAGCUCCCCACGGCUUCCAUUUUCCGAAGCCCAAAAGAAGGCGGUCCUGAAUUGGGCCAAAGAACUUGGUGCCCAAAACCUUCCCUCACUUGGCGCAAUGAAGAAGUGCCAGAGUCACCUGCAGGAUCUCAUAGGUGAUCCGACUGAGAAGGUUGUGUCUCACUCUGGAGACAUAUUCUACAUCAAUAGUGUCACAAAAGCAAUUGUGAAGGACUACGCUAAUCCCAUCACUCACCUUGCAAUGCAGGACUAUCCAGAGGAUGGCGGAAAGGGGAUGUCGCAAGUGUUCCACAGGAAGAAAAUGUUGCUCAAUCUCCCAUUGCCACCAGCGGUUCAGGAGUCAUUGGGAGGCUAUUUCAUCCCACAAUUAUUCUUUCUAGCUGGCGCAGACACCACCGAAUCCUCUGAGCAAUCGGAUAAAGUCCUGUAUGCAUUAGGUCGAGCUGCCGAAUGGACGGAAGCUGGGUUCAUUGUAAGCGACGAGGAGGAGAUAAUCCCAACAUCUAUGUUUGUACGAUCGUUUGGAGACAUUGCCACAACCUGCGGCGAGCUUGAUUGUGGACUGACGUCCUCUUCCAUUAAAUAUGCAUCGCUGUCACCCAGUUCACUGCAAGAAAAGUCGAAAGGUCGAAUGGUGUAUACCAUUCCCUUAAUCAUCUUCAUGGAUGAUGUGUCCGGCAAUAUCUCAAAGCAGUGGAAUAAACACCAUGCCAUAUACAUGUCCAAUGCAAACUUACCGAGAGAGAUGCUCAAAAAAGAAUUUUUCAUGCGAUUUGUUUCGUCCUCUCCUCACGCUCCACCCAUGGAAUUGAUGCAAGCAAUGAAAGAGUCUAUCUCUGAUGCAGCACAAUCUGGUGUCUCGGCAUGGGAUUGCAAGUACAACGAGGAAGUCAUGCUCAUUCCAUAUGGGCUAUUUCUUGCUGGAGAUAAUCCGAUGCAAGCCAAAGAGUGUAGUCAUGCAGGGCUCAGCUGCAAUUACUUUUGCAGGACAUGUGAUGUUGGCGGAACGAAGGCAUACAAGGAAUCCGAAGCUGGCUACAAUAGUAUUUUUAUGAAGACGAGUCAAGAAAUUCAACAACAGUUUGAAACUGCCUUCAAAUCAGGUGCCACAACGAAAAUCCAGAAUUCUGUGGCAUCAAUGGGUGUCCGAGAUUCAGCUUCAAGUUCGAUUCUCAACACCUUGGUUGAACUCAGCAAGAAGCUUCGGAAACGUACCACGGGAUCUCAAGCACUGCCUGAAAAUGAGAUCGAGGCCACCCUUCCAAAAGAAUUUGAAGAACUCUUGAAAGGUGGACAACUCGACGACACCAUCAACCCGCUACUGGGAAUAGAAGGGUUAGACAUUCAUAUGGACACCCCCACGGAGAUACUUCAUACAAUACUCCUGGGUGUUGUCAAGUACUUCUGGGGGCAGACAGUCUUUCUUCUCGAGAAAGCAAAGUUUCUCCCCAUCUUUCAGUACCGGCUCGAGUCCAUUGACAAGGACAGACUGAAUGCUCCCUGCUUAAAUGCAGACUACAUAUGUCACUAUAAAGGAAGUUUGAUCGGGAAGCACUUCAAAAGUUUGGCGCAAGUUAUGCCAUUUAUCAUCCACGACCUUGUUCCUCCGACGGUUCUUAAUGCCUGGACAGUGAUUGGUGAACUCGUCAUACUGGUCUGGCAUAUGAGAAUCACGGACACGGAAACAUAUCUUGCAACACUAUCUCGAACCAUUGAAGAUUUCUUGAAUGUUACGACACAAUGCGCACCGAGUAUUUUGAUAAGCAAGCCAAAGUUCCAUUUCCUCAUUCAUCUUCCGGCUUACAUUCGUCAUUUCAGCCCUGCAAUUGUUUUUUCAACCGAGCGAUAUGAAUCGUUCAAUCACAUAUUCUGUUUAUUGUGUAUCUACAGCAACCAACAGGCACCAAGUAGAGAUACAUGCAAAAUCUUUUCUCACCAGGACACGAUCAAGCACAUUGCUACUUGGGGAUAUUGGUAUGAUUCUACCGUAAAGAAAUGGGUUCGUGCAGGAGAAAAGGUUCUAUGUUAUCUUGACGAACAUCCAGAACAAGUGAGGCUUCUAGGUAUACCAAACUCCGGUCAUAGUCCUCCAAUACCUGGUUCAGGAAAAAUCAAGACCACUACCCCCACUGCAACAUCAAAGUCAGUGCGAAAAAAUGCGGUCCCUUGGAAAACCACUCGUUGCGUGAAGAUUCUUGGGAAUGCUCAGCCUGGGGCCGUCCAUUACCAGGGCAAAUCAGUUGUGACGCGUGAAGGAGAACACGCACGCUUGAAUAGUCAUGUUAUCUUCCGACAACCAGCGGAUGGGAAGACAUAUAUUGGAUGUAUUCGAGAGAUUCUCAUAUCAUCCCACGACAGCCAAACAGCAGAUCACGUCGCACUUCAGCUCUUCAUGUUUGCGACUGCUUUGCACCCAACUCUCCACUUGCCGUCUAUCAAUCUUACUGAUAACGAGCUGGUUUCAACCAGUGUAGACAUCAUUUGUGUUGUCAAUCUGCAACAUAAUUGCCUUGAUUCGCAGUGCAUGGACAUCCAUCAAACGCCUGUACGUCAAGAACGGAUAGCCACCUCUCAAAUGAAGGCCACUGUCAAGCACCAGUCAACUCCAAACUUCUUUCUCAACAUCUAUUCCAUCCACAACUACGAUCACAUCCAACGUGUCGUCCCUGAUACACUUCGCGAGACGCCGCUUCAGGUUACCAACGUAGCUGAAGUCCGGGCCAUAGCCAUACACCAACUACGGGACAAGAGAGCAGUGAAGAAAGGCAGAGAUGCCCAGCUAACAGGCAGUGGCGAGGGUGCGGAUGCUGAACCAUCUUUAGCGCCACCUUCUGCCUUUGAUCACGCUGCACCGAAACCGCGAAAGUCUGCACCCAAAGCAAAGACAAGAGCAAGCACAGGUGGUCUGAGCACGCGAGGAAGAAAGAAGCCAAUGACCUCAGAUGCUAUUGCGGGGCCUUCUAUGCAGACGGCACCUACUCCAAGUGAGCAGAAUUCAACAGCAUCGCAGCACCAUCAAAUUUCCUUUGUGACACCAAUGGGAGGUCCUCCGCAACGUUUUUACUCACCUGCACCCCAACCAUACUAUCCCCCACACCAGUUUCUCCCUCCGCCCCUGUCGAUUCCUUCGAUUCCCCCCUUACACUCCUCACCUCCACUUCACCGUUCACCACCCCGGUUGUACCACCCUCCCCCACAAUCACAUUUUCCGUCUCAACCAUAUGCCCCUCCAUCUCAACCAUACGCCCCUCUGCCUAUGCCAGCCCCAUAUAUUCACCCGACUUAUUAG